GGAACUCGUACAGCCACUAGCUCUCUCCAUAAAGCUCACCAAAUCCUUUAAAUGUUUGGAGGAGGCUCUACGAAUCCAUACGAUGAGGUCGUCACCAAGACGACAGACGAGAAUCUGACGAGCGAAAAUUGGGAACUUAUUCUCAAUCUAUGUGACAAAGUUCAAGAGGAAGGCCAGGAAGGGUGCGUUAUUUGUCGUUUAGCGGUAUCACCGCUUACACGCCAUUCCAAGGGCUCGCAAUGUCAUAGCUGCUGUGCUCAAGAGGUUGGCUCAUCGUAAUCCUAAUGUGCAGCUAUAUGCUCUGUCGCUGUCUGAGUCGCUAUCUAAGAACUGCGGUAUCGAGCUCCAUAGGGAGAUUGCAUCCA